AGCUUGGUCUGGCAAGGAACCUACUUGUAUUUUGCGUGAAUUUAACGAUUUUUCCAUGAGCGUUUAUCCCUUUGACGAUAAUACUUACAAUCAAUUCGGUGAUAUUUGGAGGUACUGGAAUUAUGCGGGAGCUUUGACAAAUGAAUUGGGGUUAAUGGCCUGCCGAUUAUAUGGGAUUUGUGUCAAUGCAGCUGCAGUUGAACGUCUUUGGAGUUGCAUGGGCUUUUUACAAACAAAUCGAAGGAAUCGACUAAUA